AUGGAAUUAUUAAUGUAAAAUUAGGUUAAUUUGAAAUGUUAAAAGCACAAUAAAAAUGAAAUUAUUUACAUUUAAGUCAAUGAAUUGGAAGAAAAUAAAUGUAUUUUUUACUGUGAAGCUUGUGUAAGUAUAGAUUAUUAUUUCAAACCCUCGAAUUACGUUAGAAUUAAAUAAGUUUUGGAUUUUAAUGAUUAAUCAAUUGUUUUUAGCUGGCCUCCUCUUAAUGAUAAUAACCUUUAAUAAUAACUAAUUUAGCUAUCCACAAAAGAGUAGGUAUAUUAAAAUAUUUUAAGCAAGGAUGUUGUAACUUUCUUUGAGGAAUUAAAGAUGCAGCUGCUUCAUAAAAUUAAUGUAUGUCAAACAAAAGCUAUCAACUUAGUUUAGGAAUUUCCAAAUAUUGAGAAACACAUAAUUUAAGAAUAUUAGAAAAUUUCAAAGAUUAAUACAUUUAAAGACCUAUUUUUAGACUAGAAAACAAAUUUACAGCAAAAAGAAGCUUUGUGCAAAAGUUUUAUUAAUGAAUUUAUUCGAUAAAAAGACAAAAAUACUCAGUUUUUUUAGUAAAUUUUUAAUGAGUAAGAUAAACUGAAAUAAGCUAUUAAUUUGGAUGCUUUAGAUUAAAUAAGAAAAUAAAUGCUUUAAAUAAUAGAUUAAUAUUUUGAUUCAAAUGCUUUUUCUUUAUAAUAAUUUAGUAAUAAUUUAAGGAGCUUGAAGUAAAUUUAAAAAAAUGAACCUUAGCAAAACCAAAACCAUGAAAUAUAGAUAAUAAAUUAGUAAAUUAGUUAUUAUAAUUAAUAGAUAAAUUAACCAAUAAAAAUUUAGGAAGAUUUGCUAUCAAAAAUCUAAUUUAUUCAAUCAAUUUAUUGUGAAGAUAAAUAUGAUAGAUUAAAGAUUGCAGUAAAUUAAGAUAAUAACUAAAUAGAGCUGGCAACUCAAAAUGUAAAAAUAGGAUGGAGUGGAUGCUAUUACACUAAUUUAAUUUUUGACAGAAAUUAAGAUUAUAUUAUACGAUUCAGAGUUAGGCAAAAAUAUAAUUACAAGAAAGCAGAAAUGCAGUUAGGAUUAGCUAGCAACGCUCAGUAUGAUAAAUUUUUCCCAUAUGAUAACCUUUCUUGCCUAAUGUAAUUUUUUGAGAAUAAAAUCUCAAUAUCUGAUAUAAACUAGGGAAUAGCAAAAGUAAUUAAAGGUGAUUUAAAAAAUAUAUCUAGUAAUGAGGAUUUGUAGUUAAAAGUAAGCAUAAAUUAAGGAAUUCUUGAGUUAUCUGAUAUAAAUCAAAAUAAUGUAAUUGGAUUGUUAGAUAAAUAUAAAUAAAAGCUAUCUCUCUAAAACUUAAGAUUUUUUGUUUAAUUAAAUUGUUAUUCAAUUUUAAGUAUUUUAUAAUUUAUAAAUAUUUAAGGAUGA